GAGAAAGACGAAGCAAAAGCGCAUUUGUGGGAUAGGAAAAAUUAGUUGUGUGCAUACAAAUUGGCAAGAAAAAUGGCUGAUGUGAUUCCUGGUUCAACGUCUACUUCUCCUGGCAACAUUUUCAUUCUUGCUGGCCAGAGUAACAUGGCUGGUCGAGGUGGCGUCUCCAAGGACCCAAUCACGGAAAAGAAUAUAUGGGAUGGAUAUAUUCCGCCAGAGUCUCAAUCCAACGAGUCAAUCCUUCGAUUGACUGCUGAUUUGAGAUGGGAACAAGCUAGUGAACCGCUCCAUUGGGAUAUUGAUUACCAUAAAACCAAUGGCAUUGGACCUGGUAUGGCUUUUGCCAACGAACUUUCUGUCCAAGUUGGCAAGAGCAUUGGUGUGAUUGGUCUCGUUCCGUGUGCUAUUGGAGGAACUCACCUGAGAGAAUGGAUUAAAGGGACGGCUUAUUAUACUAAAUUGAUUGAUCGAAUUAAAGCUUCGGAGAAACAUGGGGGAAAAGUCCAAGGAUUUCUCUGGUAUCAAGGAGAGUCGGAUGCUUCAGUGGAAGAAGAGUCUAAGUCCUAUGAAACAGAACUCACCAAGUUCUUCACCGACUUACGCACAGACUCGAACAAUCUAGAACUACCCAUCAUCUUGGUGAAGAUAGUAACUCAUGACAUUUUCACAAGUCCAAUUAUCAACUUCAAAGAAGAUGUAUGGAAAGCUCAAGAAACAGUCACAGAGAAGCUAUCAAAUGUAAGAAUGGUGGAUGGCUCGGAAGCAGUGGGCAACUUUGAAGAAGGCCUUAAUGAAGAUAAAGGUCAUCUCAACGUCAAAUCUGAAGUAAAAUUGGGCAAAAUGUUGGCUCAUGCCUUCUACUCAAACUUUAGCCACAGGCUCACUCCCUAAAAUAUGAGCCAUGGCUAAAUAAAAUAAAUAAGAAACAAAUUACUAUUAUUAUUAUUUUUUAUCAUG